AUGAGUCGGCGAAGAAAACUUGGGGACAGCCCUGGCCCGAAGAGAACGCCGCGCCAAGCGGCGGCGACGGCGGCGGCUGAGGAAUGCAGCUCGGUGGCCGAGUCAGGGAAGAGGCGGCUGCGGUCGGCCCGUGGGUCGGGGCUCCGCGGGGCUGGAGAGGGGUCUCUCCCGCCCGUGCCGCAGCCAGAGCAGCCGUCGGUAGCCGCUUCCUGCGAAAAAUAUGAAACACCAAAGAGAGUGCUGAAAAUGGAUUUGUUGUCAUCUUCCUUCAAUUCUCCUAAUGAUCCAGAUGGACUGAAUGAUAUCUUUUGGGAUCAAAAUUCUCCAAUGACCAAACAGUUAGGUAAAGGAAGAAGAAAAAAGAUUUACAACACAGAUAGUGAUGAGAUCUCACAUAUUGUUAAUUGUAUUGCUCCUCAGGAUGAAAAACCAACAACAGAUUCCAUGCUGGGCGUGUGGAUUGGUGAAACUGCUAUUCCUUGUACUCCUCAUGUAGCGAAAGGAAAAUCAAGAGCAAAAUUCAGCUGCACAAAGUUAAAAACACAAAAUCAAGAGGAAGAACUUAUGAAAUUGGCUAAGCAAUUUGAUAAAAAUAUGGAAGAGCUAGAUGUGAUUCAAGAGCAAAGCAAGAGAAAUCAUGAUUUUAUCCAGGUGAUUUCAGAAGUAGAGACUUUAAAUAAUUAUAAAGAUAAUGUACAGAUGCAGUUAUUACAUGAUAUCGUUCCUGAAAUAGAUAAUGCUAAAAUAAAGAAGCCAGUGAAGGAAAACACCAAGGUAUCUGUGGUAAAUGAUCAAUAUAACAGUCAGAAGCCAUUUGACCAAAAUGCUGAAGCAGCCUUAAAUGCCAUUUUUGAUGGUUCUACUCAGAAGUGUAGUGGACAGUUAAGCCAAGAUCCGUCAGAUGCCUUGUGGAGCACUGUUAAUACUACCUCUGGAAAGAAAAGUGCUUUGCAAGAAGAGAAAAUCAUUAGUAAUGAAACUCAAGUUACUGAAAAACUACGAAACAAACCCCCAACGUCACUUUCUCAUCAAAUAGAUACUCCUGGGAUAACAAAAUCAUAUGUGACUUCUAGUACUAAGGAGCCAGAAGCUUUUAAUAAGCACCUGGAUAUAUUUGAGGACGAAUGGGAAAACUUAUUAAAUAAUGAACCUUUUGUUAUGCAAAAUGUAGGAAUAUCUGAACUUUUUUCUGCUCCUGAAACAGUCCAGAUGGUUGAUCAAAAAGAAAUUUGUAUUUUUAACAGUAAAAAUGGUAAAAGUAACUCAAGAAUGAAUAUAAGUACAGAUGCUGAGUUUAGACAUUCAGAAGUUUUAGAUGUUUCUUCAAACACACAUACCAAUAAAUUAAUAGAUGCUAGAAAAUACAGAUUUUCACCAAAUUCAAAUGAUAAACCAAACCAAUUACUAUCCAUUGGAAAUAAAGUGAAAUUUGAGAAAUCUUUUAAUAAAACCAUUCAAGACAAAACUCAAGAUGGUGCAGUUGCAUCCGAUCCAACAAAAGUAAAAGAAGAUAUUCAUACUGAAUUUAUUUCUAAUGUAAAUACUUCUCUAAAAAAGUCUACUUUGAAGACAGGAUAUUCUAAUGAACAGAAAAAUAAGUCAAAUUUUAAUUCAUCAUUUAAGAUGUCUUCUAAUAUAGAUACUUUUGACUCUGCUGCUUUGGACAGUGCAAAUCAGACUGAUGCAUCAAAUAUGGAUUAUUUCUCUGAUGAUUGGAAUGACCCAUCAUUUGCCAAUGAAAUUGUUAAAACAUGUCAUCAAUUAGAGAAUACUUGGGAAGCUGAUGAUGUAGAGGAUGACCUAUUAUACCAAGCAUGUGAUGAUAUUGAGAAACUAACUCAGCAGCAAGACAUGAGAAAAAAUAACAAGAUAUCAAAAAGUAUACUUGACAUUAAUAAUAGUUCCAAACAUGGAGCCAAAAACAGGUUUACUACAUCUAAACAAGGAAGUCAGUUGGUGCAAUCAACGUAUUUGAAUCUGAGUGAUGAUAUUUCAGCACAAUCGUCUUCAUUGACUGAUACCUCACAAAUAAAUAAAUCAGUGAAGAUGCAAAAAGGGGAAAUUUGUGGAAAUUCUCCAAGUUUUAUAGGUGCGACAACAAAUUUGACUAUAUACUCUAAGAACUCAAAUUGUCAGAUCAAUCAUUUGCCUGUCUCUUGGAGUAAUACUGAUAUUCCAAUAGAACUGAAUAGUUCCAAAUCGGUUCUUAUAAGAAGUUCAAGUUUGAAUGUGAAUUCAGAUCAUGUGAGUACAGAAGUAGCUACUUAUGAGAAUAAAUUUAGUACGCGGCAUCUGUUCCAUGGGACAAGAACCAAUGAAGCUCAGAAUGAUCUUAACAGAACAGUUACAUUUUCUAAGUACAGGUUUACAAAGAUAAAAAAUUCUCAUGUUCUUUCCCAAAUUAAUCAAAAUUGUAUAACAGAAAGUAUCUCUGAAACCAGAAUUACACAGAAUUUGGAGAAAAACAAAAUUCCUGUCAACUCAUUAUGUGGCAAGACUGUUCAACAGCAAUCUUUGAUGAAACCUGAAUCUUUGAAACAACCUUCAAAAGAGGAAGAAGAGAAAAAUAGGAAGUAUUCUCCUGAAGAAAUUCAGAGAAAAAGACAAGAAGCGCUGGUUCGAAGAAUGGCUAAGGCACAGGCAUCAUCUGCAAAGGCAGCUCCCACUUAA